AUGAUUGAAGAGGGUACCAACCGAAAGAUCUUCUAUCUGGUUACCACGAAAGCUUCGUAUCAGAAACCGAAUAACGAGGACGUCUGGAGCGCUUUGUGCUCUCUUACAGAAGUGUUGCUUGCCGAGGACCUGAGAAAACUGGCAAUCCUAAGCUGGUAUGUGGACUGGACAACCUGGACUGCAGAAUCAUCCGAAGCAUGCUUGAGGUAG